AUGAAAGAAAUCCUGAUCAGCGCUGGCCCCAAAGCCACCCUCGUGGACACCCCAAUCCCCAAACCAGCGCCAGGCCAAAUCGUGAUCAGAACAGUCAUCGUCGGAGCAAACCCCAAAGACUGGAAGUAUGCAGAGCGAUUCGGCACUAAAGCGAAUCAGGGCGAGGAUAUAGCGGGUGUGGUCCACGAGGUUGGGGAGGGGGUUGUUGAGUUCAAGGUGGGAGAUCGAGUCGCUGCGCUGCACGAGUUUAGUACGCCGUAUGGGGCGUAUGCGGAGUUUUCGUUGGCGUGGGCGUAUACGUCGUUUCAUAUUCCACCGAACACUAGCUUCGAAGAGGCCGCCACCAUUCCUCUGAGCGCUAUGACAGCCUGCAUGGCCCUCUUCUCUCGACUACCACUCCCACAGCCCUGGUCUCCCGUCUCAAGUCCACUGCCACUUGUCAUCUACGGCGCCUCGUCAGCAGUAGGUUGCUACGCCAUUCAAUUAGCCAAACGAGCAAACAUCCACCCUUUGAUCUGUGUAGCUGGCAAGACGUCCUGGCACGCUGAGACUCUUAUUGACAGAAGUAAAGGCGACACAAUCAUCGACCAUCGAGUAGGGCCGGAGGGCGUAGUAGCUGGUAUCAAGCAGGCGUUGAGAGAUGCAAGCCUGCCAGAGACAUCCUUGAAACACGCCUUCGACGUAAUCAGCGAAAAAGGCAGCUGGAAACCCAUCGUGCAAGUCCUCGACCCACACGGCUCCAUCACAAAUCUCCGUCCCAUCGACGCCAGCGAAUUCCCCUCAACACUCCAAAGAUCCAGAACAGGCGUUGCAGGAGUGCACUCCCAAUUGGACACUCGAGACUGGGAUAAAGACUUCGGCUAUGUCUUCUUCAGACUCUUCGGGCGAGGGUUGGAGGAGGGUUGGCUAAAAGCCCAGCCGUUCGAGGUACGAAAGGGAGGGUUAAAUGGAGUGGAGGGGGCGUUAAGGGAUUUAAAAGAGGGGAGGAAUAAUGGGAAGAAGUAUGUUGUGAGGAUCGCGGACACGGAGGGGUUGAGUUGA